AUGCGUUUCUCUACUCUCGCGACGGGCCUCGCAGCCCUCUCGGGCGUGCACGCGGCCGCCAUCAGCGAGCAAGGGCAGCUCGUCAAGCGGGCCUCGCUGACGCAGGUGCAAAACUUUGGCGACAACCCGUCCGGCAUCAAGAUGUUCAUCUACGUGCCGAGCAAUCUGCAACCCAACCCGCCCGUGGUGCUGGUCCUGCACGCGUGCGCCUGGACCGCCGGCUCCUUCUUCGGCACCACCAAAUACAGCCAGUUUGCCGACCAGCACGGCUUCGUGCUCAUCUACGGCCAAACUCCCACCGACGGCGCCUGCUGGGAUGUCUCGUCUGACCAGACGCUCAAGCACGACGGUGGCGGCGACAGCAAGGGCCUGUCGAGCAUGGUUAAGUACGCGCUCCAGCAGUACAAUGGGGAUGCUAGCAAGGUGUUUGUUACGGGAGAGUCGUCGGGUGCUAUGAUGACGCAAGUCAUGGCGGCCGUGUACCCCGACCUGUUCGCGGCCGGGUCCGAGUUCAGCGGCGAGCCGGCCGGGUGUUUCGCCACGGGUACCGUCCGUGGCUGGAACAGCCAGUGCGCCGGAGGCCAGCUGCACCACACGGCGGAGGAGUGGGCGUCCAUCGUGCACAACAUGUACCCGGGCUACACGGGAGCCUAUCCCAGGAUGCAGAUCUUCCACGGCGACGUCGACCAGACCCUCAACAUCGCCAGCUUCAACGAGUCCAUCAAGGAGUGGUCCGGCGUCUUUGGCUACUCGGGUACCGCGGAACAGACGAUCGACAACAACCCCGGCGCCAAGCUGACCAAGUAUAUCUAUGGCGACCGCCUGCAGGGCAUCUGGGGCCACGGGUUUGGCCAUGUCGUGCCUACCAACGAGACCGAGGCGUUGACCUGGUUCGGCCUUAUUUGA